AAUGACCUCUACACAAUUUACAUCUAAUAGUAGUAACGAUGACAUUAAUAAUGCUGAACAGAUUGGUUAUGAAUUGAUUGAAUGUGCAUCAGUCUCAGUUCAAACUGAUUAUCCUUUUCCUUGUAUAUCUAUUGAGCAUCAAGCAAAUUCUGAUUGUGUACCUGAUUCAUUUUUUUUAAGGAGUUGUCCGACAUUUAACGAAUACGAUACUAGGCCAUUCUCUUAUUCGACUAAUGAAAGCGAUGAGUUAAUUGAUGAGGGAUAUAAUUAUAAUACUAUUGGGGAAAAGGAGAAUGAAUUCAGUCAAGAGUCGUACAGAGAUUCUACUAGUAUUUCCCAUCUACCUGACAAUAUGUUAGAUGCGAAUGAUGAACAAUUAAGUGCUAAUCGAUACAAUAACACAACAAAACCGAUAACUAAACUUGGGAUGGAAAGUCGUCAACAGAUUAGUACAACAAUGUUCAAGUUUAAAGCUAAUGCCAAAAAAACAUCAAAUGAAACUUCACUUAGCGAAAGUCAAGAUAAGAUUGAAUCAUUGAAAGAAAGGUCAUUUCAAGAUGAACUUUCUACUUUAGGGUUAGAAAAUUCCAUUGUGGAAGAUAUAGAAAAAUUUGACGAUGGAAUUGUUGAGCAUUCAUAUGCUAUCCCUAAAUUUAAAGAGCUACCAGAUUUUUCAAAGAAAAUUCCCCUAAGAGAUGGUCUCCAACAGAAAAUGUCGGAAAGUAAGCGCUCAAUCAUUCCUGUAAUUGAUAGUCCCUUUAGUACGGAUAGACCAAGGGAAUUACCUCCAACUAGAGAGAGUAGUAGCCAUACAAGUUCCAAUGAUUUAACUACUACAUUACAAACUGAUCAAAUCGAUUCAGAACCUGAGGAUAAUUCGAUAAAACAUGGAAAUUCACUUAUAAAUCAUAAUAUAGACGCCGAGUAUUAA